AUGAAGACCGCUGCUUACAUGGCCAUGGCCUUUGGCCUGGCUUCUGCCUUCGAGAACGCUCCCCGACACCUCGACGAGCCCUGCGAGUGUGAGCUCGAGGACCCUUGCUACGUCGCCGUCCAGGCCAACCGUGAUGCUCUCUGUGGUGCUGGUGUUUUCUCCCAAUGCGAUAUCGGCCUUAUUCCCCUGGCGUGCACUGGCAAGGAUGAUACUGAGCGUCGUGAGGCUGUCAACGAGGCCUGCACUUGCGAGCUUCCCACUGUUGCCACCACCACCGCCGGCGCCGCCAGCACCGAGACUGCUAGCACCGAGGCCGGCACUGCUACCACCGAUGCUGCCACCACUGAUGCCGCUACUACCGAUGCUGCUACCACCGAUGGCACUGCUGCUGGUACUGCCACCACCGGCACCGAGGACGUCUCUUUGAGCACUGAGAUUGGUACCGAGACCACUGAUGUCGCUACCGAUGUCACCACCGAUGCUGCUACCGGUGUCACCACCGAGACCUCCGCUCCUACCACCACUGAGGAGGACUGCGACGACGAGACCACCACCGAGGAGGGCACUGCUCCCGCUACCGCCCCCGUCGACACCGCUACCGAGUCCGCUCCUACCGGUACUGAGUCCGCUCCCGUUGACACUGCUACCGGCACUGCCCCUGUCGACACUGCUACUGAGUCCGCUCCCGUUGACACCGCUACUGGCACUGCUCCUGUUGACACCGCCACUGAGUCUGCCCCCACCGGCACUGCUCCCGUUGACACUGCUACCGAGUCUGCUCCUACUGGCACCGAGUCCGCUCCCGUUGACACUAAGACUGACUCUAUCCCCACUGGUACUGAGACCGCCCCCGUCGAUACCAAGACUGACUCUGUCCCUACCGGCACUGAGACUGCCCCUGUUGACACCAAGACCGACUCUAUCCCCACUGGUACCGAGACUGCUCCCGUUGACACCACCCAGACUGGCGCCAACGGUGUCUCCACCACUGGUGCUACCGUCCCUUACACCACCAAGACUGUCUACACCACUGCUGUCAACACCUACACCAAGUGCCCUGACUACGUCAAGGACUGCCCCGCUGGUGGUAACGGCCCUUACACCGUCACUGAGACCGUUGCUGUUUCUACCACUGUCUGCCCUGUGACCGAGGAGCACCCCUCCAAGCCCACUGGUUACUCUCCUGAGAACUACACCACCAAGACCAUCUACUCCACUGAGGUCUACACCGUCACCAAGUGCCCUCCCUCCGUCAAGGACUGCCCCUACGGAUCUGUCACCACCAAGACCUACCCCGUCUCUACCACCGUCUGCGCCGUCACCGAGGAGCACCCCUCCAAGCCUACUGGUUACGCUCCCGUCACUGAGGGCCACCCCUCCAAGCCUACCGGUUACGCUCCUCCCAACACCAGCACUCUCUACACCACCAAGACCACCUACUCUACCAAGGUUUACACCGUCACUGAGUGUGGCCCUGAGGUUAAUGACUGCCCUUACGGAUCCGUCAAGACUGAGACUGUCCCUUGCACCACUGUCUACGCCACCGGUACCAAGGAGAUUCCUUCUUACCCUACUGUUGUCAUUCCCGGCAAGCCUGAGCACCCCACUCCUGAGCACCCCGAGAAGCCUGAGUACCCUACUCCCGAGCACCCCGCCAAGCCUGAGCACCCCGAGACUCCUGCUCAGCCUGAGAAGCCUGAGUACCCUACUCCUGAGCACCCUGCCCAGCCUGAGCACCCCGAGACUCCUGCUCAGCCCGAGAAGCCUGAGUACCCUGCUCCCGAGCACCCUGCCCAGCCCGAGCACCCCGCUAAGCCUGAGCACCCCGAGACUCCCGCUCAGCCCGAGAAGCCUGAGUACCCUGCUCCUGAGCACCCCGCUCAACCCGAGCACCCCGAGACUCCUUCCAAGCCCGAGGAGCCUGCUAAGCCUCACUACCCUGCUCCUCCUGCUGCCGAGACUGACAGCGGCUACAAGGCUCCCGCUCCCAGCCAGCCUUCUGCCACCGUCCCCUACCACCAGCCUACUGGCACCGCUCCCGCCGUCGAGGUCACCGCUGGUGCCUCUCGCUUCGGUGUCGAGAUGGCUGUCGCCGCUGCUGGUAUCUUUGCCAUUCUUCUGUAA